CAUACAGUUUAUUUAUGAUGAGAAAUUAAUUGGUAAAACUUCUUCUGACGUGAACAAAUUGAGUAACGAAAUCAUGCUAGCCUUCAUUGAUCACAACUUAACACGAAAUUAUAAAACUCAGAUCUGAGACGGUAUGGUUAAUUCCGUUAUUGAGGAUCUGUCGACCCGAGCAUCUGUUGCACGGAGGAGACGAAGGAGCGCUUGGUCAAUUAUAUCUUUGAUGGCGAAUGGUCUUUGGAGAGGAUGGAUACAUCGACUGCUAGUACGUUUGGUCAACUGAACAUAUCUGACAGUGGACUUUAUAGCUACAAUUGGUCAGAGACGUCUGUAAACUCAACAGCUAUGGAAAACGUCACGAGCAUACUUAGCUCGCCUGGGUCAUCUUUAGACCCCCCUGUAUCCUUGGGAACAAUCAUAACUCUGAGCAUUUUAUUUUUCAUUAUCGGUGUACUAGGAAUUGUGGGAAAUUCCCUGGUCAUCACGGUCAUCCUAAUAGACAGGAAAAUGAGACAAUCAGUGACCAAUGUCUUUAUUAUGAACCUGGCCAUUGCUGACCUCUUCAUUAUGGUUUUCUUCGUUCCUGAUAUCAUUCAGUUUAUUCUUAAUCGCGGCUGGAUGAUCGGGGUCGGGAUGUGUAAAUUCAACAGAUACAUCCAAGUGACGUGCCUCUACGUCUCUGUUCUUUCUCUGGUGUCUGUCUGUAUAGAAAGAUUUGUGGCCAUCGUGUUUCCUAUCAAAGCCCAGAUUUUGUGUAACCGAAGAAAGAACUUCAUAGUCGUGUCAUUGAUAUGGUCCGUCGGCAUAAUGUAUGGCCUACCCACUGCUCUGUACAACCAAGUUAUUCCCGUCCCUCUUCGGAACUUCUCGCUGUGCUUGACGUCAUUUCCGAACAUGCUCGAUCAGCACAUUUACAAAUUUUCCGAAUUUGCAUUGUUCUACUUUAUUCCUGUCUGUAUUCAAAUUGUGCUUUAUGCGAUCAUUGGACAGCGGUUGUACGUCAGCACGAGUGAGCUUCACACCAAAUUUCAGAUGAGGAAGGACACGAGCUGUAAGUCUGACCGAGCAGGCGACACCAUUAAGGCAAGAAAAGGUGUCGUCAAAAUGUUAGCGGCCAGUGUCAUUGUGUACACAGCUUGCUACGCCCCGCCCCAAGUCUUACUUUUCUACAAUGUUAUCUCCAACACAAAGUUUCAACAGACUUGGGAAUUUGUGGCGAUAGUCCACGUGAUUGCGUAUAUUAACUCAGCCGCAAAUCCUAUCUUGUAUAGCAUAUUUAGUCAGAAUUUCAGGAAAAAUUUCAAGAAAUGUUUAAAAUGCAUUUGUUUAAAAAGCAAAGAGAAGUAUACUCGAGUUAUGUUUGACUCGUCAAUGGAAUCUUCAAGGAUGCUUUCCGGAAAGGGCAGCCAAAAGACCUCUAUUUCUCGUGUAUAAUGAGCCAGAAAAUUCUAUAUCCACUCAAGUCUAUAUGUCUACUCCAAUGUGUAUUCAUCUCUAACAUUUAUUUAUGUCAAUGUUGAAUGUAGUUCUACUCAGAAAUGCUAUCUUAAUAUCAGUCAUAUUUGAUUAUAGAUUUGAGAAUUUUGGAAUUUUCCCAUAUUCAAUGCAUCAUGCAAAGUCAAAUACUAUCCAUUUUGAGGGAGGUUUACAAAAAAUUAUUGUAAGCAACAUCUAAGCCUCAUGAUAUCCGAAACAUUUCAUUUGAUGAGGAAUAAAUACCAUAAUAUUGAUAUAACUCCCAGUUCAUCAUUAUAAAGCACCCCCGCUUUUAUAAUCUUCCCACUCCCUUAAAGAACUACACCACAGUCUUCAAUGUAUAAUAAUGUCCAGAGUCCUUCGAGGCUGAAGUUGUUUCCUGUAGAGAUAUUAAGUCGAUGAUGUUGCACCCUUAUAUUUACUGUCCUAAAAAUGUUUACUAGUUAUGUCUCAAGUUAUUUUUACGUCUUAAAUCUGCGAAAUGGCACAUUACUUGUUUAGUGUUAGAAUGUAUAUGUAAUAAACUUA